AUGCGCGUCAACACUGCUGCUAUCAUCACUGCCCUCAUCGCCUCCGUUUCGGCCGCCCCAGUUACUGGUGGCAACGGUAUUGAUGCCGAAGAGCUUAUAAUCAACGAUUUCGCUGCCCGCCACCAGCAAGACGGCAGUGUUGUUUCCGUCGGCCUCCACAUCACCGGUCAUGAUGCUACCAACCUCGAAUGCUCCAAGACCGAUGGGGUUGUUCUUGGUGAGGUUUACAACUGCGGCGACAGCAAAUACAGCUUUUCUCUAGUCAAAGGUCGCUUUGACACCUGGGGUGUUCACGUAUACCACCGCUGGGGUGUUGCGGAGUGGCGUUUCUGGCUACCGCGAUGUCCCUACCAUUUGCCGUGCAGGCCCCCUCCAGACUACCGACUGCACUCGUACCACCCCCGUCUGGUUCUAUAUUGGAAGCGUUUGAAGGAUCUUAAGUUACCACAGACGUAA